CAUGCAUGACCGCCACAGCUCCAACCACAGAAACCUUCCAACCUCCCAAAACCUCUCCUUGUCUUCCCAUUGGCCGGCUAGCAACUGUGGCUGCCCACAGCACCACACAUCUUCUCUUUCUCUCUCUACCUCUCUGUCGAUAGAUGUUCAUCUGUCUCUCUCUCUCUCUCUCUAGGCCUGGGUCGUUUGGGGAGCAAGUGCUAGUACGACUCAAGUAAUUAAAGCAAGACUAGCCCCGGCCGAUCCAGCCCCCAAAACUAACAAGAGGCACCAAACCAAAACCAAGAAAAAAACAAACUUUCCCAUGCAUCAUUAUUCAGCAAAGAAAAGAUUGUAGAACACAGCUAGCACAUACACACACACACACACCACGAACAGGAAGCAAGCAGAUGAGCUGGUAGCUAGAUAUAUACAGACUAGUACAAACAAUCCAGCUGCAAUGCCCGGCUAUGAGGAGGUCUAGUCCAUGAGCAACCCCUCUUAUCCGGCCUCGUCCAGCAGCGCCGCCGCUCAGCAUCCCCAAGAGACGACCUUGCAGCAGCAAGAUCAGCAAUCCGCCGGAGGAGCCAGCCAGGCCGCCGGCAUUACUCUCCCCCCUGCUGCAGCUGCAGCGUUCGCCGACGACAAGGACGACAACGCCGAGCUGUCGCCUCCGCGGUGCGAAUGGGAGUUCCGGCUGGCGGCCACCGUGCCGUCCACCGCCCUGCCGGGGGCGUCCGACGCCAUCGGCAGCGUCGACUUCGACCCCACCGGCCGCCUCCUCGCCACCGGCGGCAUCGCCCGGAGGAUCCGGCUGUACGACGUGGCCUCCCUGCUGCUGGUGGAUAGCGGCAGCGACGACACCAUCGCCGGCCCCGGCCCCGCGGCGUGCAUCUGCGUGCCGGCGAAGCUGAGCAGCGUGCGGUGGCGCCCGGCCGGCGCGGCGGCGGUGGGGUGCGGCGACUACGACGGCGUGGUGACGGAGUACGACGUGGAGCGCGGCGUGGCGGCGUGGGAGCGCGACGAGCACGCGGGGCGGCGCGUGUGGUCGCUGGACUACGCGCCCCCCGGCGGCGCGGCGGCCAUGGCGGCGUCCGGGUCGGACGACUGCACGGCGCACGUGUGGGACCCGCGCGCCCCGUCGGCGGGCUGGGCCACCGCGCGCGCGGGCGGCGCCGUGCUGUGCGUGGAGUUCGACCCCUCGGGCGCGCCGCAGCUGGCCAUCGGCUCGGCGGACCGGCGCGCGGUGGUGUACGACGUCCGCGCGCUGGGCCGCGGCGCCGUCGCCUCGAUGGACGGCCACGGGCGCGCCGUGACGUACGUGCGGUGGGCGGGCGCCGUGGCCGGGGCGGCGCGGCGGGUGGUGACGUCGGCGGCGGACGGGACCCACCGGCUGUGGGAGUGGGGCGGCCCCGCGGCGGCGGCGGCGCGGGAGGUGCGGUCGUACAGCGGCCACGCGAGCGCGCGGAGCUUCGUGGGGAUGGGGGUGUGGCGCGGCGCGGGCCUCGUGGCCAGCGGCUCCGAGUCCAACCACGUCUUCGUCUACGACCUCCGGUGGGCCAAGCCCCUCUGGGUACACCCCUUCGUCGGAGGGGCCCGCGGCCCAGCCACUGCUGGUGGUGGUGGUGGGUUCGUCAGCGCGGUGGCGUGGCGACAGGGCGGCGACCACGACGGCGGCGGCGCGCUGGUCGCCGGCGGGUCGGACGGCGUGCUCCAGAUGUUCAAGUGCCAUCGGCGGAAGGCGGCCGGGGACGGCGACGACGCUUCUCUUCUCAUGUGACACUGUUGCUUUGCUUGUGUUUUUCUUUGUCUCUCCCUUUUUAUUAUUUGUUUAUAUUUUUUUUCCUUUUCUUUCGGACAAAGAAAAGAAAAGAAGAAUUGAGCGACGAGGGUAAGUACAUGUUAGACUGAAAUUAAAUGAGCGGAUAAAAGGGGAGUACAGAAGAGAGAUCGAUGAUGCUGAAGAUUAUUCUUUUUCUUUUUUUCUUUUUUCUUUUUCUGGGCGAUUAUGCACGCAUCAUCCCUGACAAUGUACUGAUCUAUUUUUUAAUGAAUAAUAAGAAAUACCAUGAUGACACGAUUAUUUAUU